AAAAGGGGCAGGCGGGCUUAAGCAGCGAGCCAGGGCAGCACAGGGGCAGAAGACCUCCCAAACCUGCGGUGUAUAAGAUCAUGGAGCGUGCAGGAGGAGUUACGCAGACACAGGUUUAUUUAGCCUCACUGUUGGGCGGGCGCGCGCAUACGCAGCCGGCCGGGCGCUACUGGGGGCAAAGAGGCAACAUGGACCGUUGCUUAGAAAAUAAAGUCUCUAGAAGUUACACCUUUUUUAUUUCCAGCAUUAGUUGGAGCACAAAGCAGAGAACAGAAGGAAAGAGACGGAGCUGACUGCAACACGGAGCGCAAAGGCGGGCUAGGACAAAGAAGCCAGAGCGGGCAGCAGCUGUUGCUCCUGUUGCCUAUGCAGCAGUACGUAGUCCAAACUAAGGCUGGCUGGCCUGGCAUGCCCGCCCCGUUUUCGGCGUGGAGGAUUCCUGCUGCGUGCGAGAAAGGGCGGGAGGAGGAGGGAGCGAUCAUGUCCUCUGGACUGGCCCGCCCUUUCUUUCCCUUCUGUUGAGGCCCUGCUGCUGCUGCCCGCCUCUUGGCGACGAGGCUGGCGUCUGUUGCCACGGCAACCGCGUGGCGGCCUGAAGCGGGAGGACCCGCGGAGGAGGCCUCUGAGCGCAAGAUGAACAGGAAGAAGCUGCAGAAGCUCGCCGAAUCUCUGGGCAAAACCGCUAGGCACUUCAAUAAAUUUGAAGUGGAAUGUCUCAUCAAGCUUUUCAAUGGCUUGGGAGUAGAGCCCAGUGAGCGACAUGCUAUUGUUGGCUUGGAUCGUAAUUCAUUUCGAAAUAUCCUACAUGUCACGUUUGGAAUGACAGAUGACAUGCUUAUGGACAGAGUGUUCCGUGCUUUUGACAAAGACAACGACAGCUGUGUCAGCAUAACAGAAUGGGUAGAAGGCUUAUCGAUAUUUCUUCGGGGGACACUGGAAGAAAAAAUAAAAUUUAUCUUUUCCAAAGACUGUUUUGAUGUCUAUGACCUGAAUAGCGAUGGAUACAUUUCACGGGAAGAAAUGUUUCAUAUGCUGAAAAACAGCCUGCUAAAACAACCAUCUGAAGAAGAUCCUGAUGAAGGAAUUAAAGACUUGGUAGAAAUAACAUUGAAGAAAAUGGACUAUGACCAUGAUGGCAAACUCUCUUAUGUGGAUUUUGAAAAGGCUGUAAGAGACGAAAAUCUCCUUUUAGAAGCAUUUGGGCCAUGUUUGCCUGAUAUCAAAUGCAGAAUGGCAUUUGAAUCACAGGCAUUCCAAGAUAGUCCUGACUUAUAGUUCUGCAAGUGAAAUACACUAUAUGAACUACUAUGAAAAGAACACCAGAAUUUUCAUUUUAGGUAAAGAAGGCAAGUCAGUAAUACUUUUCCUUCGAAAUGCCUUUCAAUAUAAUACUUGCUAGGGAAGUGUCAGAAAUUAAUAGAACACUGAUUCUAUUUUUAGCGAAGUAAAAUAUUUGUAAGAAUUCAAAAAAAUAAUGGGAAUACAUAAAUUGAUAGUUUAUUAAAUAGAAUGUACAAAAAUCUUUUGUAUACAGCCAUAACUGUAUUUGUUUAGAGUUGUGUGUAUAGAAAAUGUUUCCAGUAAUAUUUAUAUUCGUCUUCUCUGCUUUACUGUUGGCUGUGUUUGACUGUUUGCUGACUUCUCCUCAGAUAAUUCUGGAGUUUGAACAGGAACCACAACCUAGUUUGAAGAAAGGAGACUAAACUUAGUACAUCAUUUUUUUCUCCAUUAUUAUUGCUAGUGAUUUUUCAGACAGUUUAAGACAAAGUCUCUUGUAACACCUUAAGAACUAAAAUUUAUUUCAGUAUAAGCUUUUCAGUAUAAGCUUUCAUGAACCACAAUCCACUCCAUGGGAUGCAUGAAGUGUGUCUUUCUUAGCUGGUAGGGUAAACCUGAAAUACUUUUACGAUUAUUGAUCAGUUAUAUAUACAAACAGACACUACAUUCAAAUAAGUAAAUCAUACAGCAUGCUGCAUAAAAUUUGGCAACCUUGUAGGUGGUAGAAGGUUUCUUAUCUGCCAGGAGGGGUAUGGCAUAAAAUUCAGUAGUCUGGCUGGGAAAGCGUGAUAGCAAGGAAGAACUAAGACUGCACCAGCUAUCGUUACAAAAAGGACAAAACAACAGCACAUGAUGGACAGAUUUGACCUCAUCUGAGCUACGGGGCAUAACCAACUGGCCAGAGGUUUUCAAAAACCUUCCUGAUAAGAACACUGACGAUAAGGCAUCAUAUCUUGCUCUGAAGGAAACCCUGUGAUGGCUCAGUAAAGAGAGGGGCAAUAGAUAGCUAGCAGGUUCCCGGUUAAAGUCACCAAGGCGCUGUCUUUUGGUCUUCGGAAUGGAGCUUAAAUCGUUCUGAUGAUCAAUGUCCAAGAUGCUCUGUUUGAGGAUCUCCUUGGCCUGACUGUAAUCUAAUGACAAAUGUUCAGCAGAGAGGCCCAGUGAUGACAAUUUACCCAUCAGUGCUCAUGUCCAGGUGGAUAACAUAAGAGGGAUCAAUCCCAGAGAAGAGAAAUGUAUCCUAAGCCAAUAAAUGAGGAUUAAAAUCCAAGCUUUUGUUUCUACCCUCUGGGGGCCCGUUUUCAACCUCAAUGCUGCAUUGGAGAUACAUUGAGGGGCCCUGAAUACUGCUCUAAGAAACUUGGAUUAUCUCUAGUGCUCUAUAGUUAGGAUAUGGGCCCAGUUGUGCGCCAUACAAAAGUUAGGCCAAUGAUUUAACAGCAAAUAACUUUAGUGCUGCAGGGAUAACUUCUCCACCUUUGGAGCGAAAUAAUCUUAAUGUUGCUGAAGCACUUCUUUGUGCCUGUUGGGCAACGUAGUCCACACAGGCCUUCCAUGACCCAGUGACAUGAAAAACCACACCCAGAUAUUUAAAACUAUUGGCCUGCUCUAUACGAUGGCCAGUUAAAUCUUUUAGGCCUCUUGGCAAAGACCAUAACUUUGGAUUUAUGGAACUUAAUUACCAAGUGGUUAUCCUUGCAGUAAGUGGCCGAGAGCCUAAGCUCUCUCCUAAGGUCAACAGGAGUUUGUGAAAUGAUAGCAGCGUCAUCUGCAUACAGCAGGAUUGGGAUAGCUGUGCCCACAAUAGUUGGAGAAUGUAGCGCUGGAUCAGAGAGAUUAUUAGCUACGGUAUUUAUGUAAAGAUUGAACAGGGAGGGUGACAUUUCAUACAUCUUAUGCUGAAAUAAAUUUGUUUUUCAUUUAAGGUGCUACAAGACUCAUUGCUGGUUUUGCUGCAACAGACUAACAUGGCUAUCCCUCUGGAAGUUGUUACCAAACAAUUUGAUUCAUUGUACAGCAGGGGAAUCAAGAAAAUGUUGAUGGCUCACUGUUCUUUAAUAUGGCUUGUCUUCUCCAUUGCAAAGUGGGCCUGUAUUGAUACUUUGUGGCUUACCAGCAAGCCAUAUGCCGUCCGCCUGUCACUACCACUUCCUCUCAUUACCUCACUCUUGCUGCCAUCCUAGAAGGAAGGGCAAUAUGUAUAGCCAUUAGCUAAAGCGAUCUCUGUAAACUUAAUUCCUGCUCUUGCCCUUACUUUCCAGAAGUUUUGAUACCUGGCUACUUAAGAGUUUCUGGCUCUCACUUAAGUAAGAGUGAGGGGCAGGUGGUAGGGAAACUAGUACCAAGCAACCAGCAAUCUUCUGUGAAAUGGAUUUAGCUCAACAUAAGAACAGCCCUGCUGGAUCAGGCCCAAGGCCCAUCUAGUCCAGCAUCCUGUUUCGCACAGUGGCCCACAAGUUGCCACUGGAAGACUAAAGGCAGGUGUUGAGGGCAUGCCCUCCCUCCUGAUGUUACUCCCCUGCAACUGGUAUUCCAGAGGCUGGAGGUGGCUUAUAGCCCUCUGACUAGUAGCUCUUGAUAGACAUCUUCUCCAUGAAGUUAUCCAAACCCCUCUUAAAGCCAUCCAGGUUGUUGGCUGUCACCACAUCUUGUGGCAGAGAAUUCCACAAGUUGAUUAUAUGUUGUAUGAAAAAGUACUUCCGUUGGUCCUAAACUUCCUGGCAACCAAUUUCAUGGGAUGACCCCUGAUACUCGUGUUAUGUGAGAGGGAGAGGAAUUUCUCUCCAUCACUUUCUUCACACCAUGCAUGAUUUUAUAGACCUCUAUCAUGUCUCCCCGCAGUCGUCUUUUUUCUAAACUAAAUAACCCCAGGUGUUGUAGCCUUGCCUCAUAAGGAAGGUGCUCUAGGCCCCUGAUCAUUUUGGUUGCCCUCUUCUGCACCUUUUCCAGUUCUACAGUGUCCUUUUUUAGAUGUGGUGACCAGAAUUGUACACAGUACUCCAGGUGUGGCCACACCAUAGUUUUGUAUAAGGGCACUAUAAUAUUAGCAGUUUUAUUUUCAGUCCCCUUCCUAAUUAUUCCUAGCAUGGAUGACAGCCACCAGCUGUUAAUUUGUAGGAAAGAAAAAGCUGUUGAAUCAUUUCAAGUGGUAUUCAUGUCUAGUCCAAGGAAAAAGAAAAGAAGUUCUUCCUAAGGUCUAAUUUAACUGAUUUGGGCUUAUAUUAAACUUGCUCACCUGAAGGCAAUAUGCUAAACUCUUCAUACAAUGCAUUUUUAUACUUGGGAGAAGAUUUCCAAGUACAAAAUACACAUGCACAACAGUUAUGAAGAGUACCUACAUGUGAUAACACACACCACUGGCUUUAAAUUACUGGGUGGAGGGUGGGAUGUACUUGGAAAUCAGCUUCCAUGCUCAACACUUACUGUAUAAAGUGGCUCUAAAACUGCAAUCCUAACUAUAUUUCUAUAGAAGUUAGCUUCCAUUAACAUCAGAGGAGAUUUAAGUAAACGUGCUUAUAGUGACUGAGGUGUAAAUAUUCUUUGUAUUAAGUAGUUCAGACUUGGGUUAUAAACCUAAAUUGCCACUCCUGUCAGAAUAAGUAUUACUCAAGACUUGAGUAAUACUAAAUAAUUAUUGGUUAUGCAUUUAAUUCUAAAAAUUAUGUUAACCAAUAGCUUCAACAAAUGUCAGCAAGUUAACCCAAAUAAACAAUUUCUAUCUAAUUUUAUAUACUAUAUAUUUUGAAAGCACUGAAUGAAAGUUUACAAUAGCAUACCUCCUUAAGUUUAUUUCGAAUUAAGUUUGCUGAUGUAUUUAGUGAAUCAUCCUCCAUGUCUAUUUUAGGUGCUUCUGGUAGCCUUGGGCCAAUAAUAAUUUCUUUACUAAUAGUGUCCUUUCCAAAAAGGGCAAAUUUGUUAUCUUCCUCUCGUCUCCUCUUUCGUUCUUGCAACUGAGUUGUUCGAGGCAUAAAUCUGCCAAGUCCAUUGACACAAGGAAGCUUUCUUUGCAGUGUGCAAUAGUUUGGUCCGUUGUGUACUCCUUGCGGCAGAUGCUGAGUCAUUUGUGUCUUCUGACUCAAGCCAAGAGAUGGUUCAGCACAGUGUUCAGCAUACUGAGGUGCUUCCAGCACACUCCAAUCGUACUCUCCUGAAGGAGAUGCUACACAUCCACUGUGAGUUGACACUGAAAACGAUUGGGAAGGAUGAUGAACACGUGCAGAUGGAUUCCAGUUACCCGUGACAAUCUCAGAUGUAUGAGGAUCAGAAGUAUCCGGCUGAAAGAUCUUUCGAAAACUUGCAUUAGAAUCCUGUUUCUUUACCCGUAAUUGAUCUUAAAUAUAAAAUAGUAGGAGUUAGCAUUCAGAUUAUCGAACAUGGUUUUCUGUUUAGUAAAAAGUGGAUUACAAUGCAAUAACAUUCUAAGUUAAGAUUGACAUUAAGAUUGUACCCCACGCUCAAUUGUCAUGUCUGAACCUAUGAAAGUGUUACUUUUAGUUAACUGUGGCAAGUUGUAAAAAUAUGUUGGGAUUCAAGGGGUCUGAUAAAGAAGCAUUCAACAUUCCUUUCAAAAAUAGUUCAGAACUAAAUGAAUAUGCAGUACUUUAAUCCAUUUUAAUGGGAUUUUAAAUAUUAGAUAAAUAUUCAUCUCUUUAGAAUUAGAAAGAGUUCAUUAACAUUAUGAUCAAGUUAUAUGAAAACAAAAUAUGAUUACUAAAUCCCAGAAGAAUUAUUAGUACACAUUAGUGCUAUUAUGAAGAAGUUAACUCAUAUUACUCAUGGUCAUAUAAACUCCCAAAAUGUGUUUCCGGGGGCGGGGGGAGGAAUUUAAAGAGGCCUCUCAUUUGCCUUAUCCAAUAUCAAGAGAUUUUUUAACUUUCUCAUUGCAAAUAUUUCCAUGUACAAACAUAACAUUUGGAAAGAAGACUGGUUCUCAGACAUGGAGGCUGUGUACACAAGCAGCCCAGCCCGGGUUGGGCUCCUCUUGUGCAGCACUGGGAUUAAGGCUGAUCCUGGCACUGCCUCUGCCACAAGCCUGACUUUUAACCCCGGCCCUUAACCGGGCUUAGAAGGCAUGAGGGCACCCUCAACCCCAGGGCCAGGAUCAUGUGUGCACUCAGGCUGCACAGGGGAGUCCUUACAUGCACCACACUGCUCAUGCAGUGCAUUUAGGGAUUCCUGGAGGCUGGGACUAAUUUUCCCAGCCUUCAGAGAGCCUUGCACGUGGGUGCACGAACCACACAUCUCUCACAUGGAUCACAAUCGUUUGGAGUGAAGGUAAGUUCAAUCUUGCCUUCCCCAUGCCCUCCCCGCCCGCUGAAAAUGGUUGUGUGCAUGACCUUAUUAUUUCAGAAGCUUGCCAUCUUUAAGAGUACUACUUUUCUAAUCUCUCUGUCCACUAUUCUCCAGAAGAGUAGUUUGGCUUAUUUAGUUCUUACUAGUCUAUUUCUAAUUUAGCAUACUUUCAGGAAAUGAAAGCAAACUAAAAUUGAAUAUAGACAAGUUACGUUUCCACUCAAAACAGUAUUUCAUUAUUUUUAAGCUUUUACUUAAGUGUGGGAAGAAUCUCUGCUCCUGACCUUGAGUAUAAGUGGGGACAUAGGUCAGUGGUAGAGCAUCUGCUUUGAGUGCAGAAGGUCCCAGGUUCAAUUCCUGGCAUCUCCAGGCAACGUUGGGAAAGACUCCUGCCUGAAACCUUGGAAAGCCAUUGCCAGUCAGUGUAAACCAGGGGUCCCCAACUUGUGGUAUUCCAGAUGUUGCUGAACUACAACUUCCACCAUCCCCAGCCGCAAUAAGUACCACAGGUUAGGAACCCCUGGUGUAAACAAAAUUGAGCUAGGUGGACCAACGGUCUGACUUAGUAUAAAGUAGGUUCCUAUAUUCCCAUUUUAAAAGAUUCUUCUAUCACAUCAGAGUUUACUAUAGGCAGUGAAGGAUACGUAUCAGAGCAUUUGGAAGCCAGUGAAGGGGUGGCCUUCAAUGCGGGUCAGUAUGUAGAUUUUAUUUCAUAUAUAUUUUCUGACUGUCAUAGGAAAUAUUUCCUCAAGGACACAUUAGUAAGUGAUGAGUAUAUUUUCAGCAUGAUGUUUUGAUAUUCCUGUUCAAAACACUGGAUAAUUUAAAUAAACUAUUUUUCAAAUUA